AUGGUAGCAUCGCUGAUAGAUGGAAAGGCCAUUGCCAAGACAAUUCGCGAUGAGAUCUCACACCAGAUCAAAACAUUGCAAACGCAGAAUGCGUCUCUCAGGCCAACUUUGGCCAUUUUUCAAGUUGGCAACCGUCAGGACUCUGCAACUUAUGUUAGAAUGAAACGGAAAGCUGCAAGCGAAGCCGGUAUCGACGUGCUUUUCGUGCAUUUGCACGAGGGUGUCACGGAAUCCGAGCUACUCGCUAAGAUCCAGGAAAAAAACAAUGACAGCAAUGUCCACGGUAUUCUAGUGCAACUCCCACUGCCACCCCACAUUGAUGAGGACAAAAUCACAUCUGCUGUCCUUGGCCAGAAGGACGUGGACGGAUUUGGACCUCACAACAUCGGUGAACUCAAUAAGAAAAACGGGAAACCCUUCUUCCAUCCUUGCACCCCUCAGGGUAUCAUAGAGCUAUUGGAAAGGUCUGCAGUGCCUAUCGCUGGCUCUAAAGCCGUUGUGCUCGGAAGAUCUGACAUUGUUGGGUCUCCCGUUGCUGAAUUGCUCAAAUCCAAAGACGCUACCGUUACUGUUCUUCAUUCCAGAUCCAAGGACAUUUCGUCGUACAUGGCCACUGCCGAUAUUGUGGUUGUGGCCAUCGGGAAGCCUGAAUUCGUGAAAGGUGAAUGGUUCAAAGGCAACAACACUUGUGUUGUGAUCGAUGUGGGCACCAACUACGUUGACGACUCCACUAAAAAAAGCGGUUACAGAUGUGUAGGUGACGUGGAAUUCGAAGCGACUCGUGAAGCUGUCAAACUAAUAACCCCGGUUCCAGGUGGUGUGGGCCCCAUGACUGUUGCCAUGUUAAUGAGCAAUGUAUUCACCGCUGCAAAGCGUUCGCUUAACAGCAAUGCCAAACCAGAAUUUAUUCCUCUGUCAUUGAACCUUCAGAAACCUGUGCCUUCGGAUUUCGAGAUCUCAAGAGCACAGAAACCAAAAGAAAUAACCCAAAUUGCAUCGGAGGCUGGUAUUCUGCCCAUUGAACUGGAACCGUAUGGAUCCACCAAGGCUAAAGUCAAAUUGGACAUUUUGGACCGUUUGGCUACAAGAGAAAAUGGUAAAUAUGUUCUUGUUGCAGGCAUUACGCCUACUCCUCUCGGAGAAGGUAAAUCGACUACUACCGUGGGGUUGGCUCAAGCUCUUGGAGCUCAUCUGAAUAAAACCGUAUUUGCCAAUGUCCGUCAACCUUCUAUGGGACCAACCUUCGGUAUCAAGGGUGGUGCUGCAGGAGGUGGUUACUCUCAAGUCAUCCCCAUGGAUGAAUUUAACUUGCAUGUCACUGGUGAUAUUCACGCCAUAUCUAUGGCAAACAACCUUUUGGCAGCUGCAAUUGAUACCCGAAUCUUCCAUGAACAAACACAGAAAGAUGCAGCCUUGUACAAGAGGCUGGUGCCCACAAAGCGUGGAACUAGAAAAUUCACACCUACCAUGUUGAGAAGACUAAGAAAGUUGGGCAUCGACAAGAAGGACCCAGACUCCUUGACUACUGAGGAGAUGACCCGAUUUGCUCGUUUAGAUAUCGAUCCUGAGUCCAUCACCUGGAGAAGAGUUGUGGAUUGUAAUGAUAGAUUCUUGAGAGGCAUCACCAUUGGUGAAGCCCCCAGUGAACGUGGUAUCACCAGAAAGACAGGGUUUGACAUUUCUGUUGCUUCGGAAUGUAUGGCUAUCCUGGCAUUGGCCAACUCUUUGGCUGAUAUGAGGGAAAGAUUGGGUAACGUUGUGAUUGGUACUUCGAGAGCUGGUGUUCCCAUCACUUGCGAAGACAUUGGUUGUGCGGGUGCAAUGACGGCCCUUUUGAAGGAUGCUGUCAAGCCCAACAUCAUGCAAACUUUGGAAGGUACACCGGUGUUCGUCCACGCCGGUCCUUUUGCUAACAUCUCCAUUGGUGCCAAUUCCGCUAUUGCUGACAAGAUUGCCUUGAAGCUGGCGGGUGUUGAGCCAGGCGUCAGCGACGAAAUCCGGAAAGAAACUCAAGGUUAUGUUGUCACGGAGGCUGGUUUCGACUUUACAAUGGGCGGUGAGAGAUUCUUGAACAUCAAGUGUAGAUCAUCUGGCCUUGUUCCAGACGCCGUGGUCAUUGUGGCUACUAUUAGAGCUCUGAAAGUUCACGGUGGCGGUCCUGAGGUGAAAGCGGGAGCACCAUUGCCUACUGAGUACCUGAACGAGAACAUUGAUCUUCUACGAAAGGGGUGUGCCAAUUUGGCCAAACAUAUCGCGAAUGUUAAAACUUAUAACCUUCCCGUCGUUGUUGCUAUCAAUAAGAUGUCUUCAGACACAGACCGGGAACACGAUGUUGUUAAAGAAGAAUCUAUAAAGGCUGGCGCAUUCGAUGCUAUUGUCUCCAACCAUUGGGAAGAAGGUGGCAAAGGUGCGACUGAUUUGGCAGAGGGUGUGAUAAGGGCUUGUGAUGAGCCAAAUCAGGAAUUCCAAUUUCUUUAUGAUACCGAAAACUUGUCCAUUGAAGACAAAAUCGGUUCUAUUGCUAAGAAAAUGUACGGUGCUGGCUCGGUCGAGUUCUUACCAGAAGCUCAAAGAAAGAUCGAGCUUUACACCAAGCAAGGCUUUGACAAAUUGCCAAUCUGCAUAGCAAAGACUCAGUACUCUCUAUCUCAUGACGCAAAUCUAAAGGGUGUUCCAACGGGAUUCACGUUCCCAAUCCGUGAUAUACGCGCAUCUGUUGGCGCUGGGUACUUGUACGCGCUCGCAGCUGAGAUUCAGACUAUCCCUGGCCUGCCCACUCAUUGCGGUUUCAUGAACAUCGAGGUUAAUGACGAAGGUGAAAUUGAGGGCAUGUUUUAA